AUGCCACGUAGUCAUAUCGAUCUUACACCACUUGAUAGGAGACCAAAUCUUACCCUGAUGAACGGGGAAAUUCUCGUACAAGCUGAUACACGAGAAGAGAUAGCCGAAGCAGUGAUCGAUACUAUUCACAAAUCGACAUUCCCCACCAUUCUCGAAGUAGAAGUCGUGAAAGAUCUUUUAGAGACUAUUUUACAAGAUAUAAAGAUCAUUAUUCCCUUGAUUAUAGAAGAAUUCAUCGUUCCCUUGAAUAUCGAAGAAAUCAGGAUCUACACAAGUUAUUACACCGAUAAUGGUACUGAAAUACGAGAUACUACUGGUCGACAACUAAUCAAUGUUCCCACACAAAUUGAAACUUAUCCUCAACUUAGCGAAUUGAAUUUACCAUCAUAUCAUGCCAAUGAAUCGAAAAGAGUAUCUCCCAAACCAAUGGGUCCGAUCUUUAAACAUGUGUUUCGUGAUGAAGUGGUCUCAAUUUUAGAUCAACCUACGAUUAAAGAAAAGAUUAGUUCUACAUUGUUAUUUAAUGAUGACGAAUUAAUGCUGUUUUAA